AUGCCCGGCUCUCGAAUCACCACGACCAAGUACGGCAUUCGGCAACACACCACCCUCCACCCCAUCGAACCCCCUGUGGCCUCAGCAAAAAUUAACUUUCGUACUGAUAUCCAACAACUGAGCACGCGUUAUGGCCGCCUUCGCUCUCGCCUCGUUGAAGUCAGCGAACCCUCAACACCGCACCGCUACGGCGGUUGUCUGCGUCGGCAAACCACCCCCAGCACCGAGCCAAGGGAUCAACCAGAGCCCCAGACCGCGUGCCCAACUCCAUGGCCGAAGGCUACGAUCGGCACAUGUCGACAAGCCCCGUGCAUACCCGUUGUCAUGCACUGGCAAGCGUCCAAGCACGAAAAGGCGUGUCAUUCAUUGUUUGACGCCGCCUGCUGCUUCAGACCCGACGACAUGGUAGCCAGGUUCCGCAUUGCCUGGGCGCACUCGCAGCGGCAGCAGCAGCAUCCCAUCAUGAACUUUACUAUCCGUACCCUCAUGCCAAACCCGAUCGACCUCAACGGCAGCGUCGGUGAAGCUGAAGUGUACGCCCGCCUUGUGCCCGUCGCACCGUUCGGCCGGUUAGUAUAG